UAACAGAAGGAGAGGCUCAGCUUACUGUAUCUACAGCUUUUGUGAUCACCACAUGGGCAACACAAACACUGUGCUAUCACAAUGAAAGAAGAGCCAAGCGUUCAGUCGACAGACCCUCCACCAUACUUACAAGAGGUGAUCCCCGAGGGCUUCGUCAACCUAGCUUACACCCAGGACGAGAAACCUCAGGAAGACAAACCAAAGGAGCCUCCAAAGGAGUCCUCUGGGAAAUCAAAGGGCAAAGGCAAAAAGGAAAAAAAGUCCAAAAAGAAGAAAGAGCCAGUGAAAGCAGUUGGAUUUUUUCAGCUGUUUCGGUAUGCCACCUGCCCGGAGGUGCUGCUUAUGCUGAUUGGCCUGCUGUGUGCAGCUGCCCAUGGCGUUGCGUUGCCUCUCAUGUGUGUGGUUUUUGGAGAAAUGACUGACAGCUUUGUGUCGAGUGGACAGAGCUUUAAUCUGACAGGCAACUUCACCGGAACCCUCACGAACUCUUGUUUGGCUGGUUCUCCUGAAAUAGACAUUGAAGAUAAAAUGACACAACACGCUUAUUACUUCGUUGCGAUUGGGGCUGCGGUCCUGGUCCUGGGAACGUUCCAGGUAAUGCUUUUCUUGUUAACUGCUGCCAAGCAAACAAAGAGGAUCCGGGAGAAGUACUUUCAUGCCAUCCUCCACCAGCAGAUGUCAUGGUUUGACACGCAUCAGAUCGGAGAGCUGAACACAAGACUUACUGAUGAUAUAAACACAAUCAACGAUGGCCUCGGGGACAAAAUCUGUGUGUUUGUCCAGUUCUUCUGCACAUUUAUUGCUGGUUUCGUCAUUGGUUUUAUCUAUGGCUGGAAGCUGACGCUGGUCAUUCUUGCUGUCAGUCCCCUGCUGGCAGGAUCAGCAGCUGUUUGGUCUAAAAUUCUUGCUACUCUGACCAGUAAGGAGCUUACAGCAUAUGCUAAAGCAGGAGCAGUGGCUGAAGAGAUUUUAGUCGCUAUCAGGACUGUUGUGGCAUUUAAUGGACAGAAGAAAGCGGUGGAAAAGUAUGAGAAGAACUUGAUAGAAGCAAAGAAUUUUGGGGUAAAGAAAGCCAUUACCACUAAUGUGUCCAUGGGGUUGACACAGUUCAUUAUAUUUGGCACUUAUGCACUGGCGUUUUGGUAUGGAACAAAACUCUCUGUCGAUGAGCCAGAGAAUUACUCAAUUGGAAAGGUCCUCACUGUUUUCUUCUCUGUGAUGAUUGGCUCAUUCUCUUUGGGUCAGGGAGCUCCAAACCUGGAGAGCAUCGCUAAGGCCCGGGGUGCUGCUUAUGAGGUCUACAAAACAAUUGACAUGCCUCGUCCCAUUGACAGCAGUUCAAAAGAAGGUAACAAACCAGAUCAUGUGAAAGGAGAUAUUGAAUUCAAGAACAUCCACUUCAACUAUCCCUCCAGAAAAGAUGUGAAGAUUCUACAGGGGAUGAGUCUGAAAAUCCCUCAUGGAAAGACCAUUGCAUUGGUUGGAGCCAGUGGCUGUGGGAAGAGCACAACAAUUCAGCUUCUGCAGCGCUUCUAUGACCCUGAUUCAGGAGAGGUGACUCUGGAUGGUCAUGAUAUCCGCUCUCUGAAUGUGUGCUGGUUGAGGGAGAUCAUGGGUAUCGUGAGCCAAGAGCCUGUUCUUUUUGGAACCACCAUUGCUGAGAAUAUACGCUACGGCCGUGAAGACGCCACUGAUGAGGACAUUGAACGAGCCAUUAAAGAGGCCAAUGCCUAUGAUUUCAUUUCCAAACUACCAGAUAAGCUAAACACUAUGGUUGGAGAGAGAGGGGCUCAGCUGAGCGGAGGCCAGAAACAGAGGAUCGCUAUUGCUCGAGCUCUCGUCAAAAACCCCAAAAUCCUCCUGCUGGAUGAGGCCACAUCAGCCCUGGACACACAGAGUGAGUCCGUCGUUCAGGCAGCUUUGGACAAGGCCAGAGCAGGACGUACUACCAUUGUGAUUGCACACCGCCUGUCAACUAUUCGUUCGGCAGAUAUAAUUGCUGGCUUCAAUGAUGGCAAAGUGGUGGAACAGGGAACUCACAGAGAACUCAUGGCCAAGAAAGGAGUUUAUUAUUCUCUCGUAAUGCAACAGACCUCUGGGAGAUCAAAUGAUGAUGAUCUUGAUGCCAAUGAAGAUGAUACUCAGGAUGUUUCUGAGGGAGAAACUGGUGAGGAAUCUUCUGAAACAGAGACUCCUGAGGGAGGAAUGGAAAUGCAAAUAGAGAGCGGAUCCUUCAGACGAAGCUUGAGACGUGGCAGUGAGAGACGUUCCUCCAGAAAGAAGUCCUCAAAGAAGAAUAGCAAGAAAUCCAAAAAAGACAAAAAGGAAAAAGAAAAUGUUUCCGAAAUACCUUUCACUAAAAUUCUGGCUCUGAACAAGCCGGAUUGGCCGUACCUGCUGGUGGGCACGCUGGCCAGCCUUGUGGGUGGAGCUGUUUAUCCCUGUGUGGCCAUUCUGUUUUCCAAAAUCAUUGGUGUGUUUGCAGAGGUUGACCCUGACAUAAAGCGGCAGAAGACCAUGAUGUUCUCCCUUUUCUUUCUACUAAUAGGAGCAGUGGCCUUUAUCACCUAUUUCUUCCAGGGCUUCAUGUUUGGUAAAUCUGGGGAGCUGCUAACCAUGAGGUUGAGAAGUCAGGCUUUCAAUGCCAUGAUGAGACAGGAGAUUGCUUGGUUUGAUGACAACAACAAUGCAGUGGGAGUCCUGACCACUAAAUUAGCCACAGAUGCGUCUCUGGUUAAAGGGGCUGCAGGAUCCAGAUUAGGUCUAGCCACAAACACUCUCUGUUCUCUUGGCAUCGCUGUCAUUGUGGCCUUCAUCCAUAGCUGGCAGCUCACCUUGCUUAUCCUUGCCUGUGUCCCCUUCCUCACGGGGGCAAAUUUCAUCCAGAUGAGAGCCAUGGCAGGACACACAUCCAAAGAUCAGAGUGCACUGGAGAUGUCUGGCAAGAUAUCCACAGAAACUGUUGAGAACUUCAGAACGGUUGUUGCAUUAACCCGCGAAGACGUCUUCUUCCACAAGUUUAUUGACAGCCUGAGCAAGCCAUACCAAUCUAGUUUGUGUAAAGCACCCAUCUACGGAAUCACCUUUGCUCUUGCCCAAGCCAUUCCUUACCUGGUCAAUGCUGCAAUCUUCCGCUUCGGAGCCUGGCUUAUUGCACGCUGCUACACAGAAUAUGAAAAUGUUUUCCUGGUGUUUUCUGUGAUUGUCUUUGCUGCUAUGAACAUUGGUCAGUCCUCAUCAUUCGCCCCCGACUUUGCCAAAGCCAAAGCAGCAGCUGGGAGGAUCUUACUGCUGCUAGAAAAGAAACCAGCCAUCGAUAUCUAUGACGAGUCUGGACACCGACCAACAAACUUUUCUGGGAAUAUUGAGUUCCGAGAUGUGCAUUUCUCCUAUCCAACGCGUCAGAAUGUGAAAGUCCUGCAGGGCCUGAAUGUGUCCGUGUCUCAGGGCCAUACGAUGGCGCUGGUGGGCAGCAGUGGUUGUGGCAAGAGCACCACCAUUCAGCUUCUGGAGCGUUUCUACGACCCUGCGGCAGGCCAAGUGUUUGUAGAUGGGAACGAGAGCAGAAGUCUGAACCUGGCAUGGCUGCGCACGCAGAUGGGGCUGGUGUCUCAGGAGCCCAUCCUGUUUGAUUGCACCAUUGCUGAGAACAUUCAGUAUGGAGACAACAGCCGUGUCGUCACCCAGGAAGAGAUCGAGGAAGCUGCGAAGAAGGCCAACAUUCAUAAUUUUAUCCUUGGCCUUCCAGAGAAAUACGACACUCGAGUUGGAGAUAAAGGCGCUCAGCUGUCUGGAGGACAGAAGCAAAGGAUAGCCAUCGCUCGAGCUCUGGUCCGCAAUCCCAAACUUCUGCUGCUGGACGAGGCCACAUCUGCACUCGACACAGAGAGCGAGAAGAUUGUGCAGAAGGCCCUUGAUGACGCUCGGCAUGGCCGCACAUGUAUCGUCAUUGCCCAUCGCUUGUCCACUAUUUAUAAUGCUGACAUCAUCGUGGUUGUUCAGAACGGCAAGGUGACUGAGCAGGGAACGCACACCCAACUCAUGGCCAAACAAGGGGCCUACUAUGCUCUAGUGAAUGCGCAAGUGUCUGCUCACUAACUUAAACUCCUUUUGAUUUAUUCUAGUGGUUGUAUAUCUAAAAUGAAGGGCAAAGUUAAAUGAUUAAAUGGUGCAGUUAAUCUUAAAUUAAAUUGAAAUCUCCUCUGUCACUAAAUAUUCAGUUUGUUUUAGGGCUAAAUGUUGCAAUCACAACCUGACUUUGAAUGUAAAACGCUAACGUUGAUAAGCUAAGAAGCAUUUAAAUAUUCUGAAACAAACAAACCAAAAAGUGGGAUAUUGCUAUUUAGUUAUUUUGUUACAAUGAAAGGUACUUUUCUUAUAUAAAAAGGAAAAUAUAUUUAUAUCUAUAGAUUUAUUUUUCUCAGUUUUUAUAUACAAAUAUUGUUUGUCAUAAACAGUGCAUUGUAAAUAUUAUAGUAGUGUUAUUUUAUUGUACAUAAAAUAAUGUACAGUAAAAAUCCCUUGAUAGUUUGUGUACAAGGACGUAUCUGCUUUAACAGGUAAUGGCAGCACUUUUACCUAAUGUUUUGAAGAUUGAAUGCGUUUGCACGGUGGCAUAAACCUUUUCGAAUGUGAAUAUUAGUUUUGUUUAUAUGCGCUCGGCACAUGGGGGCGCAAUUUGCUCGUGAUUUGAGCCUCCAACAUGUUGGACCUUUUUUUUUCUGCACUGGCUUUAACUUUAUUGUCUUCCGAACAGUAACUGGUAUUAUUAUUGUAUUAUUGCUGUUAAUAUUAUGCAUUGUUUAUUGUUAAGAUGCUUUUUCGAUUUUUAUAAAAUAAAUUAUCCAUCAUUCUC